AGGCGGGGAGAAGGGCGGAAGCACCCGUGGGGGCCGCCAUCUUGGCUGAGACGGUAGUCGCGUGCGACCAAAUCUUCUCGGGCUUUUUUGCGCCUUGUGCUGAGCCUUCUGAGUGGAGCGGAAAACGAGUCGCCGCAUGGCGAGAAGCCCCGUGGACGCGCACAAGGUGGAGGAGGGGGACGAGGAUCCCAGGGUCGCCGUCGAUCUGUUGGAUGCUGUCUUGGGCUCCUUGUACGAUUUUGGUGAGUCACAACAUGAGGGAAACAAGAAGAAAAGGAGCAAAAAGAAAACAUCACAGAAAAAGUUAGGAAUAAAAGCCAGCAAUGCUUUCCUAGAAGAUGACAGCAUGAAACUUGAAUACAGCACAGUAACAACAGUCAAGAGGCAAAGUGCCUCCAAUUUCUUUGAAAAUUUGAAAAAUGAACUGGAUUAUGAGUGUAUUAAUCUGAAAAGAUCUCUCCAAGAAUUGAGCACCUCUGAUGUUGUCCUUCCUAAACCUGCCCAUCCUGAAAAAAAGGUAGAAAUAGAAGUUGUUAAUUUCCAUAGUUACAAGAGAAAGAAGAAACGUAAACUUGAAAUUGCUGAAGAUUGUGACUCCAAGGCAAAGAAGACUAUUCAAGAAAAGAAUGUGGAUGGCCAAGAUUUUAAUUUGGAAAAAGCCCGUUUGGAAGUGCACCGGUUUGGAAUCACUGGAUUUGAGAAAAAAGAACAGCGGGUUUUGGAACAAGAACGUGCUAUUAUGUUAGGAGCAAAGCCUCCAAAAAGGGAAUAUUUGAACUACAAGAUUCUCCAAGAAAAAAUCAAGGAAAAAAAAGCAACCAAGAAAGAAGAAAGCACAGUGGACAAUAAAUCUGAUUCCCUGAAGAGGAGGAAGAAAAAAGGGCAGGAGGCAAGCACAAAAUCCAAGAAGAAGGCAAAGCCCAGCAUUCUGCCAACAGGGCAAGUUGGAAAAUUUAAAAACGGGACCCUUAUUCUUCGCAGCUGUGACAUAAAGAAAAUCAAAUCUUCCAAACUGAUUAAAUGACAUCACCAAAUCAUGUUUGUACAGAAAAUGACAUGAAGACACUUUGUAGCCACAAUCCUUUUUAAAAGGCUUUCAUUUAAUUUUUGUAAACCCUGAUUUCUCAUCCCCUGCUCUGCUGUGUAGAAAAGUGUGAUGUAGUACCACAAACUGAACUGGGGGGGGCAUAACUGUGAUACCGUUGCUGUCAUCCAAAUUAAACAGUUGCCAGUACUUUACAAAGCUAA